CGUCUGCUGCCGGUUCUGUCAGUGGCCCGCGAGCGAGCCAUGGGUCGCGAUGGUGUCGUUAUCAGUGCGCGUGUUGCGACGCUGCGUCACCUCUCUCCUGCUCGCGCUCUUCUGCCUGCCCGUCGCUGUCCUCAUCUUCGACACGCUGCCGCAGCGACACCCCGUCCACCACAGUCAGUUGCAGGUGACGGAAGCUAAGAACACGACAUGGUACAGUGAGCGUGUGAUGGAGGCGCGGAUGGCCUGGCGUCGCCGCACACUCAAGGAGGCGUGUUCUCGCUUCGGCCUGGACGUUCCGGGCAACGACUCACUGCACCGACCCAACGCCUGGGAGUUCCUCAUCAACAAGCAGCACCACCUCAUCUGGUGCAACGUCUUCAAGGCGGCAUCAUCCUCCUGGAUGUACAACUUCAACAUCCUAGCAGGCUACACACCAGAGUUCCUCAAAAACAACAAUAUGGUCCCGCUGCAGUUGGCGAGAAAGAAGUACGCACGGCCGAGUGUCGAAGAGCUGAAUGUUGCGCUCAACGAUUCCAUCGCCUUCUUGAUUGUGCGCCACCCGCUGGAGCGACUGUUGUCGGCAUACCGUGACAAGAUACAGUAUGCCUUGCCCAACACCCACCACUCCAAGUUGGGUCAGCGCAUCAUCAUCCAGUUCCGCAACAAGAUCGACAAGGAAGGCAGACCCAUGAGGGAUCGCAGCACACACAGCCCACGAUGGCCUACCUUCUCCGAAUUUGUCAACUACCUGAUACACGAGCACAACCGCGGCCACAGCCUGGAUAUGCACUGGACUCCCAUCACAGAGUUCUGUUCCCCUUGCCAGGUGGAGUUCGAUCUCAUCCUCAAGUUCGACACACUGGAUGAAGACCAGAGGUACCUGAUAGAGAUGGCAGGCGUCAGUCACCUGGUAAAAGCCGAGUGGAGGAAUCCUUCAAAAGGUCCUAACACUCCCGAUGUCAUCACCAAGUACUACAGCCAGCUGACACUAACCCAGCUGCUCCAGUUAUACAACAUUUACAGGUUCGACUUUGAGCUGUUCGGCUACACCCUGGACCGAUACCUGGAGUUGGCCACCAACGACACGCCCACAAAAGCCAUUCUAGUCUGACAAAGCCUGCUUCACGUCUCCCCUCACCUGCGUUACCGUUACAACUCCAUCAAUCGCUUGCCUCUCUAGGCCAGUCCACUGUACUUAGCCAUUUGUAUACCGCUUUUCUACUGAACUUAGAAUCUACUCCUGCGAAGCGAACUAAAGACAUUGUUCAAGUGUAGACCAGUAUAGACGCUGUUGAUAACAUUAUAUAAACAGUCCUUUACAAAAUAACAGGGGAUUAUUUAGUAGUUUGAUUCCAUGAAAAUUGGAUGAAUGCUAAUGCACUUCUGCAGUUUUAGCAGAACCGCAAACUAUUGUUAUGGAUAUUUCUUGAAUGUACAUUUAUAAUAAAAUAAAAUAUUGCACAUGAGAUGAGGAUCGGUCCAGCCCUUAAGUUUAGUAAUCCUCAACAAAUGUUUGGAGUGAAGGAUAUAUCUAAAUUGGUAUCAUUUAAAAUCAUUGGCUUUAAUACUGAAUGUUUAAGAUUACCGCAAACACUUACUAUUGAUUAAUACUUACAAUUAAAGAUUUAACUCAUAUUUGUAUUUAUACUUUUUUAUAUAAAUUAAGUUUUACCCUGUAGGCAGUGCUUGAUUUGAGGCGGAACACACUGGAACAGCGUUCCAGUAUCUCUCUCUGAAAAAUAUGCACAUGAAAUUUUCCAGUGCACCUCAGAAAGACCAGGAGAAUUUUCCAGAAAAUAGCUCCAGGGUCUCCUUUUUUGGGAGAAUUCCGUUCUCCACUGAUCUCUUUUUCCAAAAAUCAAGCACUGCUUAUAGGUGUUUAAAAGUUGUAAAUCAAUUUUAUGAAAUAAAAUAAAUUUUUAAUUAGAAGUCUCUUGAUUUGAGUGAAGGUUUCAAAAUAUUACUUAUACAAGUACCAUAUAAAAAUAAAAACAUUUUACCUGUAUCUUUAUUUAAUAUGACCUUAUAAAAACAUUUAGGGGUAAUGGCGCACAACUAAAAAUUUCAACAAUAUUUACUUGAAUAUUCACAUUUUGUUUCAGUUAAUGUAAAGAAUCAAUACUAAGUUUACUUGGAUAUUCAUUGUUUAUAUUUAAAGUGUACAACGAAAUAUUUAUUUUUUAUUCACUACAUGACACCCAAUGGAUACUGUCCAAUUAUGUGUGGUGCAAAUAUAAAAAUUUUCUCUGUGUAAAAUGAAAAAACACUCAAGCUACAUCAAGGCACAACCCUUAGUUUUCUAAAACUAAUAGUUUUUAAUGAUGAAAUUUGAUACCUACAAAUUUAAAGCUUCCGCAGCUCAAUGCAACCUGAUCAAACAGCAAUAAUUUAAUAUAAUAAUAAAUCAUAAUAGUUACCAUACAUUAAGAUUAGAACUCGUAAUUCACUUUUACUUUUACUAUUUUUUUACUACUAAAAUUACUUAAGGUUUUAAAAUAUGAACUACUUUGUUAUUAUUGGUUAUUACUUUUAAUGAAUUUUAUUAAAAUGUUUUGAUCUAGUUAAAAUAAUAAAAUUAUGUUUUACAUAAUGAACUGUUACUAAACUAUAUAUUUAAAUUGUUUAAUAGAUAUUUUACAAUAGUCGAUAUUGUGAUUAGUCACAAAACAUAUUUGUGGUAACGAUAAAAGAGCCAUUUCCAUUAGUGAAUUUUUGAAAGGCCUAACAUUAGUGCGCUUAUAAUGAAUUAUAGAUUUUAUUCCUUAAUUAUUGUAUUUUAGAUAUUUAAUAAUUGUAAAUGCUCUUGAUACUGUGUUAUUUGAAAAGAUUUUAUGAAUAAGUAUGCAAAUAUUAUAAGUAUUUAGUCAAGAGAUUUACUGUAAGAUAUAAUAUUGAUAAUUUUUUAAUAUUUCUAAAUCAUGAUAGUGUUAAGAAGCGACAGUAAUUAAUUAUGAUGCAUUUGAACUUUAUUAGUUGCAUUAUACAGUAAGCAAUAUUUAAUUAUCUUCAGAAAUCUAUAAACGGUAAUUUAACUUUAUAUACUGAUCAUUUCAAUCAAUACAAUUAAUUAAAUUCAAUUUUGCUUAAGGGGUAUUUCACAAUGGUCAAGUUCCUUUAUUUUAAGUUCAAGACAGCUUGCUUCGUUUGUAAUUUUAAACAUUCCUUUUAUUUAAAAAAAUAAAUUUUAGCAGUUGUAAUACAAAUGAAGCACUUGAUAAAUGUUAAUUUUUUGUGAAAUAAUGACACUAAUGACUUAACCAGAGCAACAGAUACACACUCAAAGCAGACCGUUUUGAAUGAAUUUAAAUAUGAUUUAUACAAAUCAAACAGUGUUGUUUUAUUCAUAAAGGACUCAACAGAUCUUUCUUAAAAUCGUGUCAUGUCCGUCUGGUGAUUACCUUGAUAGAAGGGCCAAAGAGACUUGAAACGUGGUAUACAAAAAUUAAUUUCUUGGUCAAAGAAAUUAAUUUUUUGGGUCAAAAUUGUAAUAUAGAAAUAAAAUUCCAACAUUUUUAAAUCGGUCUUAUAGGGAACCACAAAAGCAAUGAGAAUAUUGCACAAUAUACAAAUUUACAUGAUAUGAUAUCAUGUGACAUAGUAAUACAUGUGAUGAAGCUAUUUUGUUGAAUUGAUUGAUAAGACUUCCAAACACGUUCACAAUGAUGUUUUUUUUCCAGAAAUUUUUAUUUGCCGUCGAAUUUUUCAAUUAUAAAGGCUAAAAACUGUAAUCAGGUUCUUAAAGUCAAACAUCUAAGUAUAUCGAAAAAGGUAUGUAGGCCUUGCAAUUUUGCACAAAAAAAAUUAUUUAAUUGAUUUUUCAAUUUUUCUCUGUGUACCUCUAUGAGUACCUACAAAAAUGUAUUUACCUUAAAAAUUAAGCAAUCGUGUGCCUGACGGGGUACAUUAUAGUCUGAGGUAUUUAUUUGCGUGGGAUCAAACUUAACAAACCACCAAGAUAGGCAAACAAUAAAAAACCAAUAAGGAAAUGCAUGUACCCCAUCAGGCGCACAACACACUUUACAAAAGCCCGGUAUGUACCCGAUGGGGUACACAUCGUCGUAAACGUGUUAAGUUCUGCUGGGUCCUUCGAUAUUCUGUUGUAUCCAUUUAUGUCACAUACGUUGAAGUGAUAAGUAACUUUAAACCUGUUGAAUAACCACUUAUUUUGCAACUAGUUAUGUACCUGAAAAGAAUUCCAUUCAAAUCAAUUGAAUCAAGUAAUGUUGUGUCAAGAACCAUAACUAUUGUAAAUUCUAUUUUAUAUCAAAUUUAAUGUAUUUUCCAAUAAUCCCUUAUGAUUGUCUUUAUUUACCUUUUUUGCAGUUAUUACUAUAACUAUUGUACUUUGUAAUUAUAUGUGACUUUGUUUGUUACAGUCUACAUACUCUAAUUCCAUUAAAAUGCAUUUAACCGUAUUUUUAGGUUGUUAGCAUUAAAUAAACCAAAGACACUUUCAAUAGCUAGAGGUAUGGUAUUACUUGGUUAGUCUAAGAACUCUAUAAAUGUUUAUUGGUUGUCACUAUAAAACUGCAAUCAUUAAAAGAAAUAUUUUUUGUAUUUGGUUGAUCAAAUAAUAUGUGUGUCUAAACAUAUCACAUGUUACUAAGAUUAAUUUAGGAACUAUAUAAGAGUUUAAAUCAAGCAAUAAUCUGAAUAGCCAAACACAAAUGUCAAGUUACAUUAUUACCAAAGCACCAAUAAGGUCCAAAACAAAGCCCUACUGUUGAAAUACAGAAUUUAUCAUUUCAGUAAUUUGUUUUGUUACAUGUAAUUAUGCAUUGGAAAAUAAUUUUAUUCAUUCACUAUUUUUUGUCUAUAGUUAAUUUAACUGUAUAAACCUUUUGCCGUUAAUUUCACCAUGUUGUACAGUAAAAUAUUAAACUUGCUUUUCAUCACAUGAACCAGAACAUUAGAGUUUUAUCUAAUAAUAAAUUCUAUAAAUAAUUUUACUUUGUUAGUUUUCAUGAAUUAAUAAAAACUCAUGAGUAUUUAAAAUUUACAUUUUCAGUACUUAACUUGCAAAAGGAUUAAAUGCCCAAUAAAACAAACAAAUUUCUUUAAAACUUUCUCUAAUGGUGUAGAAUAUAAGUGCUUACUUUUAAGAAAUAAUUGUCAGGUUGUCCACCUACUGUAAACUCUGUCAACUGUACUUAUCACAUUUACUGAUAAAGGAAUUGUCACUGUUUUGAAUGAAUAAGAUUAGACUCUUUCAUCUCCAUCAACUUUGCACUUCACACUAACUGUAGGGAAUAUCUCUACGUGUGCAGAGAUAUUAACCACAACUAGGCUUAACUAGGGUUAGUCCUUCUUGUUAUGGAUGGUUGUUUGACAACACUUUGUUAAAAUUCACUUUAUUCUGUAGAAAUGUACAUAUGUAACAUAAUGUUAUAUUGAAUUUAAUAAAUUUGUUAGUUUUGUUUGUAA